UUCUUCAUUUACAUAGAAAACUUUUCAAUUCACGGCCCUAGAUAAAGAUUUAUUUAUAUCUUAUAUAAUAGGUUUUAAGUUAACAUUUUGAAGCAUUUAAGACGGAACUAAGUUUUUAUUGUAUUUACUUUGAAUCGGGAUUGUAGAUUCCUUACGGCUUAUUUUUAAUACUUUUCUAGAAUUUUAGCAAAUAGUCUUUGUCAUGAGAUUAACACUUUGACUCAAACCUAUUUAGCUUUGGCAGAUACAAACUUGUAGACAGAGAUUUAAUUAAGCUGCUAUUGUUAUCUGCCUGAAAUGUAGGUAAUUUCAAUUAGCACUGUUGAUCAGGGCACGCUAUUUUAGGACCGCCCUUAUUUUUAAGAAAUGACAAAUCCCCCUUAUUUUUCUAAAAACCUAGAAAUCCGAUUGGUUAAACAGAAAAUAAUCCUAGAGGAAAUUGAAAUACUAUUUCUUGGGAACAAAUCACUUACUGAUUUGUUUCCAAUUAAUAAACAUCUAUAUUUCAAGUUUCUCUUGGAUUGUUUUCAGGUUAGUGAAAUUACAUUUAUUUUAUUGUAUUAUGAAAUUCUUUUUAUAUCUAUUUAAAAGAAGUCUUGAGACAUAGAAAAAGAGUUAGCUAUAAUUGUAAAUAAUGUACACUAGAUAUAUGUGUAUAUAGAUCAAUUAAUUAUCCUUCUUUUUAUUGCGAAUACAUGUUCAUUUUAAUGAAAAUUAAGAGUUCAAAGCCUAUCUAUAAAUAGCUAGAUUAAAUCAAGUCCGAUAACUCAUUUCUGUUAUGAUAAAAAUAGAAAAGGCGCUUUGUAAAUGAAAGCAAGUUUUUACUUAGGAAAAGAUGUUUAGAAUCAUGAACCCCAGUGAAGGAUCGCAUUCGAUUACUGGUAUACCCAAGUUAACCCGACACAACACCCUUAUCCAUACAAACAUCAACAUCCGCAACAAACAAGCGAAAUUCACACUCUGUCAAUUGGUGGAGCGACUUAAAGAUCCCUAGUGUAGGAGAAUAUAUGUGGACCAGAUCCAAAGGACCAAUAGACCUACAUCACUCGUGGAUGAUAAGUAUGUUUCCAGAAAAUGGCACCCCCACAACAUCAGAUGGAGAAACAAAUCUGAUACUCCAACAACCAGGAACUUCUGGCCUCCAACAACCAGGAACUUCUGGACUCCAAAACUCAGCAACUUCCAGCCUCCAACAACCAGGAACUUCCAGCCUCCAACAACCUGGACCUUCAGGUCACCAAACAGCACCAACAACUAACGCUACAACAACAACAGUACCUACAACAUCAACAGCAACAGUUCCAACAGUGAGUACUCAUGCACCUGUCAUUACAUAUCAACCACCACCUCAACCAUCCAACCAACAAAUACCUCCAGGUUUCCAGAUAGAGCACAAAAUUAAUGUUCAAAUAAAACCGUAUGAUGGGAAAGUUUCGCCAAGUCAAUGGUGGCAAAAGUUUUUAGCUUUUAUAACACUUCAGCAUAUGACAGACAAACAAGCAAUAUUAUCAUUACCGUUCCAUUUAGAGGACAAACCAAGUGAAUGGUUUUCAACCCUAGCUGAUGAAGCAAAACAAUCAUUGGCAACAAUCAAGACUGCUUUCAUAAGCAGAUUUCAACCUCAAGUCAGUUCAAGUAUUAACUUGACAAAGUUAAAGCAGUCUCCAACCGAAAAUAUCGAAGAUUAUAUUCAUCGGGCAAUUCAAUACAAUAAGUAUAGGAGUGCCUCAGUACCGUUUUUGAUAGAACUUGCUAUUAAUGGAAUGAAAUCCUCUAUUGCCCACAUAAUUAUUCCUCAACAACCACAAACUAUUGAAGAGUUAAGGAAAAUCGCAUCAAUAGCUGAAAUGACAGUAAAUCAAACAAAAACACUAGACGAAACCAACAUCAAUGACAGCGUCGAAAAAUUUGUUGCAUCAGCUGAAGCAAGACUCAUGGACAAUUUGGCAGAAAGAUUUUCAAGUACCAUCUCUGCAAUAAAUUCUUCAAUGGAUGAAAAAAUUACCAGCUACAAUCCAAAUACCUAUAAACCGGUUGAAAACAACCAAUAUGUUCAACCACAAUACCAACCACAACUCCAGAAUAACUAUCAGCCAAUCCAGCAAUUCCAACAAUUCCAACCACGCCAACAAUUCCAACCACGUCAACAAUUCCAACCACGCCAACAAUUCCAACCACGUCAGCAAUUCCAACCAAGACAGCAAUUCCAGCCACAACAGCAGAAUCGAACAAGAUAUCAACAAACCACGAACCAGACACAGCAAUGGUCACCACAAAACCAGACAAACCAAAAUACAAAUUGUAUAGGCUGUGGUUUCUUGUUCGCUCAUCAGAAUAGUCUUCUCUACUCCAUCAUAGUCAUAUUAAGCCUCAUCACAAUACUGUUAUCCCCCAUAAAUGGAAAACUCACCCAAAGAAUCAACCAUGGAAAUGAAAUUAAAGAACAAAUCCAGUCAUUUAUUACCCAAGAAUCAUGGUUACCCACUUUCCAGAUUGAGUCACCCAAGACCAUCGAAGAACAACCCAUAUUUACACAAAAGUUUGAACCAGAGGCAACAUGGCCUGAUUCAAACACCAUUCUCAUUGUUUUUACUACUGGUAUCUCCAGAAUAGUAAUUGUCUUUUGUAUUUUCAUGUUAUGUAAAGUUCGUAAAAUGGCAGUAACACUACUUAUUUUACAACAGUCACUACAAAUACAUUCACAAACCAUGCCAUCAUUCAUAUAUCGCAAUCCAAAUGUCAAGGAUAAAUCUCCAUCUAUCAUUGAAAAGUUGAUGAAACAAGAGUUUUCGUGGAGCCAUGUAUCUGUUAUUUUGAAUACCAUUGUAUUAAUAUUUCUGAUUUUUAUCAUAUACUCUUUGUACAAAUCAAAAAAUCAAAAGUCAACAAAAGUCAUGCUUGAAAUAACUUCAGGUGGAAGUUGUGUAACAGUGCCAAUACUAAGUUUGUCAUUAUGUCCAUCCUAUUACAAUUUUCCUGUACCAAAAGUACAUGAUCUCUCAAUUUCUGCAUUUCCUCAAUCAAAAUUAUUUGUUUCAUGGUCAUCAUUUAUUAUUACAAACAGAGUUACUGGACAGACUGUUAAAAUACCAUCCACUAUAGAUAUUAAUAUCAUUACUCGUUAUAAAAUUAGUCAGAUUAUAAAUCAACCAUUUAAUGUGUAUGUUUUGAUAACCCAUCAAGGUUUUGCCUCCACACUGAAUCCAUCUUGUUUACCACAGUCUAAUGAUCAUGUUGAUGAUGUUCAUGUAAAGGUUGAUGAAACAACCUCAAUGUAUCCAAAGCUUGAUUGACUCAACAAAUUGCAAUAUAACUUCUAGUAUAAAAGAAUAAACGCUUAAUACUAUUUCAUUUUUGAAUCUUUUAUAUAUAUAUUUUAAACAUUGAUGUUCAAUGAGAGUAAACGCGCCCUGGUUACAGUACUUUCAUUUAAAAAUAACCUUUAAAACAACUUUAUGCAAAUUGUUUUUAUUUUUUAAAUUAAGUCAAUAAGGCUGUUCCAUAAUUUUUAGAAAAAUCAGGACCUUGAUUACAAAACUAAUCUCUGCAUAUGUGUUUUCUAUAUUUUAAUUGGUAUUGUCUAUAUGUGUAUUAUAAUUUUUAUGCUUUACUUUAUAUAAGAAAGAUACUUCUGUUACUAGUUUGUUUUUUUCUACUAAUAUUUGUGUAUUGAUAUUUUUCAGAAGUGAUAUUAACAUUUUGAAGCUUUGGGGUCCAAAGCAGUUGGGCCAAGGGGGAAUUGACAUGGUGUAUUUUUCGUUCAAAUUUAAUUCUCAGGCACCAACCCCAAAUACUAAUAAACAUUCAUUUAUUAGAAAGAAAGAUAGUUCCGAAAGUUCAUAAUUAAAAUAAAUUAUUAUUUAUUUCUUCAUUUACAUAGAAAACUUUUCAAUUCACGGCCCUAGAUAAAGAUUUAUUUAUAUCUUAUAUAAUAGGUUUUAAGUUAACAUUUUGAAGCAUUUAAGACGGAACUAAGUUUUUAUUGUAUUUACUUUGAAUCGGGAUUGUAGAUUCCUUACGGCUUAUUUUUAAUACUUUUCUAGAAUUUUAGCAAAUAGUCUUUGUCAUGAGAUUAACACUUUGACUCAAACCUAUUUAGCUUUGGCAGAUACAAACUUGUAGACAGAGAUUUAAUUAAGCUGCUAUUGUUAUCUGCCUGAAAUGUAGGUAAUUUCAAUUAGCACUGUUGAUCAGGGCACGCUAUUUUAGGACCGCCCUUAUUUUUAAGAAAUGACAAAUCCCCCUUAUUUUUCUAAAAACCUAGAAAUCCGAUUGGUUAAACAGAAAAUAAUCCUAGAGGAAAUUGAAAUACUAUUUCUUGGGAACAAAUCACUUACUGAUUUGUUUCCAAUUAAUAAACAUCUAUAUUUCAAGUUUCUCUUGGAUUGUUUUCAGGUUAGUGAAAUUACAUUUAUUUUAUUGUAUUAUGAAAUUCUUUUUAUAUCUAUUUAAAAGAAGUCUUGAGACAUAGAAAAAGAGUUAGCUAUAAUUGUAAAUAAUGUACACUAGAUAUAUGUGUAUAUAGAUCAAUUAAUUAUCCUUCUUUUUAUUGCGAAUACAUGUUCAUUUUAAUGAAAAUUAAGAGUUCAAAGCCUAUCUAUAAAUAGCUAGAUUAAAUCAAGUCCGAUAACUCAUUUCUGUUAUGAUAAAAAUAGAAAAGGCGCUUUGUAAAUGAAAGCAAGUUUUUACUUAGGAAAAGAUGUUUAGAAUCAUGGUAAGACUUGGUUGCCUAAAGCCGAUUCGCAGAAUUUCUAUAAUAUUAUCUAUAGCAAGGUUGUCUUAAUAUUCUAUGCGUAUAGAAUCAGUUUUAGUCUAAAUAUUUGUGUAAUAAUGUUGGCCUACAGGUAGCCAUUGUUUUACUCGUGAACUGAAGCAAUAGAAACUGUACUGUUAUCAGCUGAUAUAAGAAAAUGAAUAUACUAUUUUAUUCCUUCAAUGUUUUAUCCUGAAUAGUUUCCCCUAUGACAGAUUAAAGAAUAAUAGUAAUUUCAUCCCAUGUUGAAAAUGAUUAUCUCCCCUUAUUUUGUUUAAAUUAUCAGUUGUAAAUAAUUAAUCUAGUGUAUAUAGUGUGUAAUGCAUUUUUAGUUAAAGAAUCAUACUCAUAUCUAUGUUGUUCACAGUACACAAUAACUUAUCACCCUUUUAGCAGAAUUUAUACCUUGCAAGACACCCAUGCAUAAAAGUGUGAUUAUCUCCCCUUAAUUAGAAAUGUAUCAAUUGUCAAAUAAGUACUUAUCUUAUGAAUAGAAUUUUAACUACUUUACAAAUUAUAAAAUGUAGGUCCACUCUUAUCCGAAACUUAAUAAAGGAGCUAGUCCCUCCCUUAUUUAUUAUACAUGUAUUUAAAUCCAGAUUCUUUAUGAUUGACCCGUCAUGUUCAUAGGUUAUCUUUGCAAGGUGUGUCUUUUGUUUGUUUGUUGUAGAUAGUUUUUUGUUUUUAGUAUAUUUUUAUAAUGAGGAAUGUUUAGUAUUUUAAAUACCACCCAGUAAAGCUGAAAACUUAUAUUUUAUUAGGUACGCAUAAGUAUGUUGCAUUUGUUUCUGAAUUUCACUUUAUCGCUUUUUUUUCAGUAGUAUUCACUACGUCUUAAUGUUGAUUGUUUGAGUUUCACAAAUUAAUGAUAUUGAUGUGUAUUAUUAUAUAGGUUUUGCUUUAUACAUCACAAAUAUGUAUGUUUAUAUGUAUCAUUGAUAGUAUCCAUUAACCCAUGAUUUUAGUUUAUAGCCUUUGUAUUGUACUUGUAUUACUUUUUAUAUAUGAUGACUUACUGAUUUGUUUCCAAUUAAUAAACAUCUAUAUUUCAA